AUGACUGAUAGUUCAUGUCAGACAAAUAAUCAGACAGCGAACGAACGCUGGGGCCUUAAUCAUUCAUGUCCAUUGGAUCAAGUUACUAGUGAUAUUGAGAGUCUAAAAUCUAAAAUGUCUACCCUUCAGUCGUCAGUUUUGUCUUUUGAAAAUGUACUCAAAGAUCAUGACACGAUAUUAACUUUAUAUAACAGAGCGGCGGAUUUAAACGAAAAAUAUUUAGUUGAAAUAAAUGAGAAAACAGGAUACAUAAAUUCUCUUGAACAAAAGCUAAUUAAAAUCGAGGAAGAAAGAGACUCUCUGCAGCUCGCGACAAGGCUUAUUGCACAAGACAAACUUUGUCAACAUAGGGGUAAUAGUGUCGGUUGCCAGUGCCGCAAAAGCAACCCCGUACCAUGGCAAAAAAUUCCUAAUAGUAAUAAAAACUUUCAUAAAACUAACAGUGGAAGUCAACCACAAAUAACGUACAAUAGAUAUGAAUGUCUAAUUGAUGAGGACGAAAUUGCUGAAGUUGUUCAGCCGGAACAAUCGGCACAAUGCCCACCGGAGCACACAAGCCAUCCUACUGGUAAUGAAUGUCUAAUUGUUGAGGGAGAAACUGAUGAAAUUGUUCAGCCGGAACAAUCAUCACAAUGCCCACCUGAGCAAACGAACCAUCCCACUGGUAAUGUUUAUCAAAAUCCUAAUCGUCCUGGAGACCAAAGUGCAAGACCGUGUGUUGUCUUAAUCGGCGAUUAUAUCAUUAAAAACAUCAUUCCACAGAAGCUGUCGCAGAAAAGAAUGCAUAAAUUUACAUACCCAGGUAAAUCAGCGGACGAAAUAGAGUUUGAAAUACGCAAUAUAGAUCAAAACCUAGCGCCCUCUCAUGUUAUAUUACACUGUGGAACAAACAAUCUUCCAACAGACGACCCAAAUGUUUGCAUCAAAAAACUUGAAGAUCUGUGCUCGAGAGUGCAAGGCAAAUUUCCCAAUGCACAAAUCGGAGUGUCAACUAUCACAUGUAGAAAAGACCUUCAAUUAGCAAAUAAAAUUGAAGAGGUCAAUAACAAGAUCAAAGACAUGUGUUCUCGUAACGGCUAUAAUAUUAUACUUCAUAAUAAUAUAAAUGAGACAUGCCUGAACAAUAGUAAGCUGCAUCUAAACGCAAAGGGAACCGCUUUACUUGCAGUAGGAUUUAUUAAGUUCCUACGUGGACGGCAGUUUUCUCCACCACAACAACAUCACAACUAUUCUAAAAAUUUUCACUUAGAAGAAACACUUCACCAAAUAGAGAAAACUCUGAAAUAUCUAACGACACGAACUCGAUAG